UGCUUGUUAGAGCCAUGCCCCUCCUUAUCUCCAGCGUCAUCGAGCCACCGCGUUCGCCUUAAAAGCGAGGCGCCCGUCGGGCCGCCACAGAGCGAGUCUGGCUUGCGCGCCACGAUGCCCUUCGUCGUCCCGCUGUUGGCCGCGGCGCUCGUGAGUGUGUCCGAAGGAUGCGCUGAUCCUACGCUGGAAGGACUUGACUCUCGCGACCUCCCUUGCCCUGAAGCGGAGGACAUCCUUCCUUGUGAGUGCACCGUGCAUGGCUCCUACAACCUGAACAUGUAUUGCUCUGACGUGGACAGUGACGAACUGGCCAGGGUGUUCUCCGCGCAUUUCCCUUUCACGCAGCACUGGAGGCUGGAUGUACGGUAUAGCGACAGGCUGGACGUGCUUCGGAAAGGCGACUUGGGCGUUGUUUCCAUCGACGACUUUGGCAUUAUAUUUUCUGGGCUUAGGGAGGUGCAAGAGGAAGCCCUUUCGCAGAGUUACUCGACCGUUGAGCGCAUUGGCUUAUCCUAUAACCAAAUAUCGAAAUUCCCUUUUCAUGAGCUUCCCUUGUUCACAGCUCUUAGGCAGUUAUACUUAUAUGACAACAAGCUUGAUCAGUUUCCCGAGCUGAAUUCUGACUCUCUUAGACUGGUCUCGCUGAGUUUCAACCUCAUGAGCGAUGUCCCAGUUGACGGUUUCAAAGGUGUUCCGAAUUUAGAAGUAUUCGCUUUUGAAGGAAAUAAUUUGGAACAUAUUACUCCAGGAACCUUUUCCGGCCUCCCGCACCUGCAGAGGGUCUAUAUCCCGAGGAACAAGCUGAGCCGCAUCCAAGAAGGGGCUCUCGCGGUUGCCAGUGACUUCUUUCGGGAACUUGUUUUGUUCGGAAAUAACAUCAGCAUUAUUGAACCUUUCGCCAUAACAGGCAUCAGCGGCGCAAACCUUCGGCUCGAUGGCAACUCCUUGACGGUUCUGGACGAAGCAGUGUUCCGGCCGCUGCUGGAGGACAAGGUCUCGAUCUUCCUCGAAGCAAACCCGCUGAGCUGCGAGUGCGACAUCGCCUGGCUCGUCACAGCACCCGACUUGAUGGCCCAGAUCGCCGACGCCGCCGCUUGCUUCAACGGGCAGCUGCUGGCGGACCUCGACCCGGCCAUCUACGAGAACCUCUGCUGAAGAAGGUGCACGGAAGGGGGGGCGCUCGUCAAGGAGGAGUCGCUUAAUGGCUGAACUGCUGUGUGUUGUAAUCUGCUAUAUUCUGUACACAGGGAUAGGCUUCAAUUAUUAUCAUCAUUAUCAUUAUUACCAUUAUAACUAUUGUUAUUAUUAUUAUUAUCAUUAUUAUUAUUAUUAAUUUUAUUAUUAUCAUUACGUGGUAGAAACUAUGACCGCUUGGAUGUUAUUACAGUGAUUUUUAGUUUCCUGUGGAUGCCAGUUUGAAAUCCAAUUAAAGACUUCU